AACAGAGUAAGCUCACAGUGAUCUGCUCAAUUCCCUCAAGACUCGAAAUACGGAGGUUUCUUGCUUUCUCAAGCGCUUAAGAGAGAUUUUCGGCAGAAUCGGCAGUGCGUUGCACCGUCCUUUUUGGAGCUUCGAUCUUCCAAUUGCCCGUGCCAUUACUUAGCACUCACUAUCUAACACCCAGUUCUACCAACUCCAACACGACAACAAGCUCUAGCUUUCACAGAUCAUGCGGCCCUGUACAACAGCUCGCUUGCACACAUGAUAGCGACUUUGAUUUUAUCAUCCUGGAAACCCUCUAAUUCUUUCCUCCCCUUUCCGCGUUCUCCAUAGAGAGCGCCGAACCAGUUCCGCGCCACCGUCCCCGAGCUUGGUGCAACGAGUAUCGCAGCCCCACUCCAGGCUGCCUCCGGCCAAACCUUCGUUCGGCAACAUCUUCUCACAGACAUCUUCCUUUCCCUGUUUGGACGCUGGAUUUAGACGGCAAUUCGCGCUGCAAUAUGGUGACUCGAAAACCGCUUCCUCAGUCCGCUGCGCUUGAUCCGACUGUCCCGCAGCAGCAGCAGGCGCAGGAUGCAUCGGCCCCGAGCAGUACCGAGAACGAUGCGAUAUGGGGAAACGGAGACGAGCAAUACCAAGGGCAACAAAGCACUACAAAACCAGAAGCCGGCAUACCGGGCUCUUCGAAACACGGCGCCACCGUGGCCUCUUCCGACCUCGGGAAUGAGGGCACUAUCUGGGCUGAGGGAGCGUCCACACUCAAUACGGUAGAUGUGAGCCAAGUACCAGCGGUGCUGCGACCGGGCGAUAGCCAUGGUGUUCAGGCAAGCACGGCCCAGGGAGGGACGUCGGAAACCAGUCAGGACACGCCGCCGGGACCAGCAGUCCUUUUGCCAGGCGGAGGCUCCAGACCCGAGACGAAUCCGUUCAAGAGAAAGAUGUCGCUGAGUGCGUCUGGAACUAGCCAGGGCCAGCCGGCAACGUCGUCAAGCAUCCCACCCGUGCCAUCCGUUCCAGUGGCAGACUUCUCGCAGCUGAGCAUCAACGACUCGAGUACCAGUCCUUGGCAACCGGCCUUGGAUGGGGGCAAAGAUGUAACCUGGCCGGUCCCGAGAAUGGAGGAGCAAGAUUCCAUUGCAGGAAACGUUUGGGACUCGGCUGUGCCAUCGAGUCAGCCAACCCCGAGACUGGGGUCCAACUCGCUCGCCUUUACGUCUCCGCCAUCAGAAGACGCUUCUGCUGGGUGGAGUGAGGAGGCUAAGGGGCAACCCCCUCCGAGGCCGCUUAUCACCACGGCCGACGACGGGGUUCUCGAUGAUACCAACGUCUGGGAUGAUCUCAAGCUUUCCGACAAAGGAAAGGACGUCUCUCAGCCGCCGGCGAUACCGAGCAACGGCCCUGCGGGAACCGACGAUUGGAACCUCAUUGAUAUGGAACCAGAACCGGAGCCCCUAUCGAGACAGAGCACGUGGGAGAAUUUCAAAGAUGAAGAUACCGCAGGUAAAGAGGCUCCUGCAAUAGAAGCGCGCUCAGAGGAGGCCCCGAAACUGCCACCAAGGAAUACCGCAGAGCGGCCGCCGGCCGCGCCCCCUCGGCCUGUUGAUAAGUCAGAAACUUAUCAGAUCAAGAACAUCAACUGGCACGACGAAUCGGCUGCCAAGAACCCUCGGACAUCGCCAAUUCUCGUUCAGAACGCCAACGGACCCUGUCCCCUGGUCGCGCUUGUCAACGCGCUCGUUCUGACCACCCCGGCGGACAAGACCAACACGGCACUUGUUGAGACGCUUAAGUCGCGUGAGCAAGUGAGCCUUGGAUUGCUGCUGGAUGCCGUGUUCGACGAGCUCAUGUCCGAGAGACGAGCGCAGCCCGAUGUGCCUCUACCGGAUGUCACCGAGCUGUACGAGUUCCUCAAGGGGUUGCAUACGGGAAUGAACGUCAACCCGCGGUUUAUCCCGACCCCGGAAGUCGUCUCGGCGUUCAAACGGACGUCGCUCACAUACCUCCAUCCUACCGAGCGCGCCGACAUGAUCCCUGGCACCUUUGAACAUACGAGGGAGAUGGCUCUUUAUUCGACUUUUUCCAUCCCGCUCAUCCACGGGUGGCUACCCUCCAAGGACGAUGCGGCGUAUGAUGCAUUCUCGCGACAGGCGGGUUCCUAUGAGGAUGCACAGAAUCUGUUGUUCAGGGAAGAGGAGCUGGAAGAGAAGUUGUGUAACUCCGAACAGGGUCUCACACCGGAGGAGCAGCAGAUAUACCAGGAUGUCUUGAGCAUCAAGUCGUUUCUGAGCAUCUCAGCGACGCAGCUGACAAAGUUUGGAUUGGAAGUCAUCAAACAGGCCAUGAAGCCCGGUUCGGUCGCGAUCCUCUUUCGCAACGACCACUUCUCGACUCUGUAUCGACACCCGCAGACGCUGGAGCUGCUCACGCUCGUGACAGAUGCCGGGUAUGCCGGGCACGCUGAGGUGGUAUGGGAGUCUCUGGUCGACGUCAACGGCGAACGCACCGAGUUCUUCUCUGGCGACUUCCGCCCUGUCGGUGGUGCGCCGCAAGGCCAGCCAGGCCCGUCCCGGGAUGCCGUACCUGACCACUGGGCGGACGCGGCGGACACUGACAACGAUGGUUGGGAUACGGUGCAAACGCGUCACGGUCCUACGGUGCGACAGGGCGCCUCCACCGAGGGGCCCCUCUCCGCGAAGCAUGAACAGGAAGACCGGGAUCUCGCGCUCGCAUUGCAACUCCAAGAAGAAGAAGACGAGCGCGCGCGCGCUGAGCGCCGCAGGCGUGAGAGUCUCCUCUCAGAGCAAUACAUUGAGCAGCAAGGCGGCGGCGGCGGCGGCGUUGGGCAACGAGGCGGUGCUAGCCGAGGUAGUGCUGGUCGUGGCGGUGUUGGCGGCGGGCGACAUGCCUCUUAUUCCAGCCCCUCCCUCUCGUCACCAGCCAACGCUCCGCUCGCUGGCGGACGCCGGCCGACGCCCGCUCAGCCCCGUCUCGCGUCCGCGUCGACCACCACCCACUCGGUGAGCGGAAACAUCAGCGGCACGGGUAGCUCCGACCGGCCACGCCCGACAACCCAGACCGUCCGCUCCCUCCUCCCGCCCCGCAGCUCCUCUACCGCCGCCACCAGUACGACGACGGUGCCGCAAACGACACGAAUGACGCACCGGCCCGCCGAUCAAGAGCUCGAGGAAGCCCCUCCGAGCUACGAACAAGCCGCGAGGCAACAGCCGUACAUCCCGCCGGCAGGCCACCCCGCCCAUCCGGGCAGCACCAAUGCAGGCGCCGGCAGCACUGCCACGGCUGCAGGUGGGCGGCCACAGCCGCAGCAGGAAGGGAUAGGGCCGGGCGGUCGGAGCGGCCCGGGUAGGUAUCAAUACCCCGGCGCUGACGGACGCGGUGGGUCGCAGCCGCCAGCGGGUUACCGGAGAGGGGUACCACCACCUGCGGGCUCGCCGAUGCCCGUUUCUGGAGGCAGCGGAAGGGACAGGGACUGUGUGGUCAUGUGAGGUCGAGACUGGGGCGGAAUAGAACAGAUAAGAUAGAGCAGAGAGCAGAGCCGUGCCGGGAGUAAAGAAGGUAGAUGGUUAUGAUAUCACGAGAUCUGGCUCUAAUUUUUCUCUUUUCUUUUCUUUUCUCUUUUUUUUUCGAUGGCUAUGGUUAUGUUAUGCACAGCAGGCUUUGAUGGUUCUGGAAAGGGUCUCGUGAUGUCAGGGGUUGUUGUCUAGCAAAGGGCUUUAGGGUCUUGUAUGAUGUAUGUAGGCUGGGGUUUGGCGAGUCCUGGCACCACUUCACCAGCAGCGUCUUGGGGGGAAUUCGGUACGGCCGAGAAAGAGACUCCCAGUUGAUAAAUGGUUCUUCUCAUACUAGAGAGCCAUGGAAUAUAGACAGGUCUUGUUUGUG